AUGUCUCAUCCGCUAUCUGUUGAAAUUACUAUGCCAAAUGGCAUCGAAUAUGUCCAACCAACAGGACUUUUCAUCAAUGGGGAAUUUGUCCCUUCAAUCUCUGGCAAAACUUUCCCGGUAAUCGAUCCAUCUACCGAAGAAGUGAUCACCGAAGUUUAUGAAGGGUUUGCAGAAGAUAUCGAUAUAGCCGUCAACGCUGCAGAAGAAGCAUUUGAAAAUACCGAUUGGGCCACUUGUGACCCAAUAAAGCGCACGAAACUUCUUUCCAAGUUAGCAGAUGCCAUCGAAGACAAUAUGGAGACUUUAGCAUCCAUAGAAACCAUGGAUAAUGGUAAGACCAUCAAACUAUCACGUUCAGAUAUCCAGCUAGUGGCAGAUUACAUCCGUUCUACUGCAGGAUGGUGUGACAAGAUUUAUGGCACUGUCAUCGAUACCGGAAGUUCAUAUUUCACCUAUACCAAACGUGAACCUUUAGGAGUUUGUGGACAAAUUAUUCCUUGGAACUUCCCGGCACUUAUGAUGGCUUGGAAAAUCGCCCCGGCUCUAGCUACUGGUAACACUGUGGUGAUUAAAACCGCUGAAUCAACCCCAUUAUCUGCGCUUUAUAUCGCACAACUUGCCAAAGAUGUCGGGUUCCCUCCAGGAGUAUUGAACGUGAUUUCUGGAUUUGGGCCAACUGCCGGGGCCGCUAUCACUUUACACCCAAAAAUCAGGAAAGUCGACUUCACUGGCUCCACCGCCACCGGAAGAAUUAUCAUGCGCAACGCUGCCGAAUCCAAUCUUAAAAAAGUCACCCUAGAACUUGGAGGGAAAUCGCCAAACAUUGUAUUUGAUGAUGCAGACAUUAAAAAAGCGGUGAAGAAUAUCAGUUUUGGGAUCUUUUAUAAUUCAGGAGAAGUUUGUUGUGCAGGGUCUCGAGUUUAUGUUCAAGAAGGCGUGUAUGAUGAAGUUCUUGAGGAGUUUAAAAAAGACGCGGCUGCUGUGAAAGUGGGUGAUCCAUUUGAUGAAACCGUUUUCCAAGGGGCCCAAACUUCCCAAAUGCAAGUCGAUAAGAUCUUGGAUUAUGUCAAACUUGGGCAAGCGGAAGGGGCCACCCUUGUCACUGGGGGUGAAAGAAUUGAAGGCAAAGGUUAUUUCAUUAAGCCAACGAUUUUCUCUGAUGUUGAUGAAGAGAUGAGAAUUGUCAAAGAAGAGAUAUUUGGACCGGUGGUAACGGUCACAAAAUUCAGCACGGUUGAUGAAGUUGUUGAAAUGGCUAACAAUUCGGAAUAUGGGUUGGCUGCGGGUUUACAUACCAACGAUAUCAACAAGGCGAUUGAUGUUAGCAAUAGAUUGAAAUCAGGAACCAUUUGGGUUAAUACUUAUAAUUCUCUACAAUACAACACCCCAUUUGGGGGAAUGAAACAAAGUGGGUUUGAUAAAGAUUCCGGGAAAGAGGCAUUGGAUAAUUAUACCCAAGUUAAGGCGGUCAGAAUGAAAAUUAUCCCGAGCAAUAAAUGA